GGACAGAUGAGUAGUUUUCUUCUUUCAACAGCUAACCAACAGGAGAUUACAGCAUUGGACAACAAGAUUCACGAGACAAUCGAAUCCAUAAAUCAGUUAAAAAUACAACGUGAUUUCAUGCUGAGUUUCUCCAAAGAUCCUAAAGGAUACAUCCAAGACCUUCUCCGGUCCCAAAGUAGGGAUCUUAAGGUGAUGACUGAUGUAGUUGGAAACCCAGAGGAAGAACGCAGAGCUGAAUUUUAUCAUGAGCCAUGGUCUCAAGAGGCUGUGAGCAGAUAUUUCUACUGCAAGAUCCAGCAGCGCCGGCAGGAACUGGAACAAUCUCUGGGAGUGCGCAACACAUAAGUACUGCUCACAAGAUCCCAUUGGCAUCAUGACCACCAAACCAGUGGACUUUUCAGUGUUACUUAGCUCACUGUUACACAUGGACCUGCUUCCUGACUGGAUGAGAAUGUACCAUCAACACACCAGUCAGAACACCAGCUUUAGAGUGACCCUUGAAAAUCUUGCCCAUGGGGGGUGUCUCAAACCAUUCCAGGCCAGAGACAGCACCGUACAAGUGUCAGUGUUAAAGAAGAUUAAAGGUUCAUUCAUCAACGCACAUCAUUAAGUUUUAGUGGAAAAUUCAGACACUACACAGCAAAUCCUAAUGGGCUAUGCACAGAAUCAUGGGAGCAUUGAUGGGGGAGGUUGAGGUGGGUGUUAUAGGAGACUACAGAUUUAGAGAAAUAAAUGCAGUUCUCAUCCUAUGUUACCUAAGAGUCUCAAAUAGUAACUUGUCUGGAGUU